AUGUCUACCCAAUGGAACCUCCCGUCCGGUCUAAUGCCGGACGACGCCAGCCCGGAAUGGCUAAGCAAAGCCGACAAUGCGUGGCAGCUCACCGCCGCAACUCUAGUGGGCCUACAGAGUGUACCAGGCCUAGUGAUCCUCUACGGUAGCAUCGUGAAAAAGAAAUGGGCCGUGAACUCAGCCUUCAUGGCCCUAUACGCCUUCGCCGCGGUCCUUGUUUGCUGGGUGGGCUGGGGCUAUAAAAUGUCGUUUGGUCACAGUUUUUUGCCGUUUCUUGGUAGGCCUGAUGUGGUAAUGGACCAGAAAUUUCUACUCAACCCAGCCUUCGUCGGAAAAUUUCCAAAUGCAACGAUGAUAUAUUUUCAGUUCGUGUUUGCGGCUAUAACGUUGAUUCUGGUGGCCGGAGCAUUGCUGGGGAGAAUGAAUUUUCAUGCAUGGAUGCUGUUUGUGCCACUGUGGCUAACAUUUUCGUACACAAUUACGGCUUAUAGCAUAUGGUGUCCGACUGGUUGGUUGGCUAAGAAGGGAAUUAUAGAUUACUCUGGAGGCUAUGUUAUUCACCUUUCAUCUGGAGUUGCUGGUUUCACUGCAGCUUAUUGGGUGGGACCAAGGGCCAACAAGGACAGAGAAAGAUUCCCACCCAACAACAUUCUUCUCAUGUUAGCCGGUGCGGGUCUACUUUGGAUGGGUUGGACCGGAUUCAACGGUGGAGAUCCAUACAGUGCGAGUGUAGAUGCAUCUCUAGCCGUCCUUAACACCCAUGUUUGCACCGCUACCAGCUUGCUCACUUGGCUCCUUCUUGACAUCAUUUUCUUCGGAAAACCCUCUGUCAUCGGAGCCGUACAAGGCAUGAUCACCGGACUAGUUUGUAUCACCCCCGCCGCAGGAGUUGUGCAGGGUUGGGCAGCAAUUCUAAUGGGACUACUAUCUGGUAGCAUACCAUGGUACUCAAUGAUGGUACUACACAAGAAGUUAUGGAUUUUAAAGCAAGUAGAUGAUACAAUGGCAGUAUUCCACACCCACGCAGUUGCUGGCAGCUUAGGCGGAAUUCUCACCGGAUUCUUUGCGGAGCCUAAACUCAACCGAAUCUUCUACUUGGUCGACAAUUGGCAGCAUUACAUUGGCCUUGCAUACGGUCUACAAACCGGAAGAGCAGCAGCCGGAUUCAAGCAAAUGGGGAUUCAAUUGCUCGGAAUACUGUUCGUGAUUGUGGUCAACGUAGUGAUGACGAGUUUAAUAUGUUUCGUGAUAAAGUUUGUUGUUCCGUUAAGACUUUCCGACGAUGAACUACAAAUCGGAGAUGAUGCAAUUCAUGGUGAAGAAGCUUAUGCAUUGUGGGGAGAUGGUGAGAAGUAUGAGUCUAGGCAUACUACUUAUGAAGAUUUUCCUCAGGUUGUUCCUAAAGGUGGUCAAGUUGAAAUGGCUUGAUUUCAUCGGCUGAAUUUGUCUCAACUUAUUUGGAAAUGUUACCUUUUUUAAU